CUACAAAGCCCGCCCGGUCAUCGUCGUCCUCGUCUUCAUCUCUUUCGAGCCCUCUCUCCCUCUCUCUUUCUCCACUCUGCAACCCUAACCCUAAAGACAUCUUUAACAAAUAACGAAUAUAAUCGAAUCAGAUUCUUCCCUCCCUCCCACCUCUCUCUCUACCUCUCUCACCAAAUGAACCUUCAAACCACCAAAGAAUCUGCAACGAAUCACAAUACCACCACCACUACCAACAGCAACAGAAGCAGAAGACAAGACGCAUCAGAGUGCAGCAACUGUGGGACCCCCAAGGGUGGGUCCGGGUGUUGGCCCAUCGUCCACCACGUCCGUCUUCGCGGCAUCGACCGCGUGCUCUGCACCUCCUGCGUCCUCCGCCUCCACCCCUCCUCCUUCUGCCCACUCUGCUUCCAUUUUUUCGACCACAAUCUUCUCAAUUCCCAUUCUAGCCUGCAGAAUCCCUCUAAUCGCCCCACUGUCCCCUGCUCCAAAUGCUCCUCCCUCACCCACUCCCACUGCCUCCCUGCCUCUCAUUCUUCUUCUUAUCUCUGCCCGCCUUGCUCCAAUCCCAACUUCUCCUUCUUCCACCUCGAAGAAACGCACCGUUCCGUCGACAGGAAGCUGGCAACCGUCCUGCUCUGCGCUUCAAGGAUCGCCUCCGCUUCCAUGAGCAAGGCGGUGAUUGUCUCCCGCGCUGACGCCGAGAGGAAGGUCAGGGAGGCCGCUGUGGCGAAGAAGCGGGCUCGCGAGGCGCUGGAGCACUUGGUCAUGGUGGAGGCCAGGGAGAAAAGCAGCCGGAAGAAGGUCGAAAGUAAAGAGAACGGCAAUGUUAUGGUGGGGAGUGGGGAAGAGAAGAAGAAAGUGGAGGUGGUUGAGUCAAUGCGAAGUAAUGGGAAUCAGAAGGAGAACGUGCAUAUGCGCGCCAGUGUGAAGGAAGAGAGAGACCAUGCAAAAUAGUGACGGCAGGAUUGCAACAGCAGCAGCCCAAUAAUGAGAAAUUGAGUUUUGCAUUGGGAGCUCGACCAAUGAUUCGAAGGAAUAGGAAUUGUCCGCUGUUCAUGGGAUUUGUAAGUGAAUUAGUUGUUUCCGUCUGCCGGAGCAUGUUUCAUUCUCUUGAUUCAUUCAUUUCGUUGCUUCAAUGUACUUGUAGUAACUGAAUAGGCUGUUCUUGUACCCGGUGAGAGAGUGCAGAGAUAAAUAGUCUAAUCUCUUCUUCUUUUAUUAUGGGUAAAAUGACGCAAUGCCAUUCUUUUGUAGUCAAACAGUGGCAUUGUAUUUACUUGUAAAUUAGUGGUCCACAUGCUUACUUAUGUGAGUAUUUGGGAUAUUGAUCUCAAUGAUUAGACAGCUACAGAGAAUUUGCUUAAUUUUUUUUAUU